AUGCACCCACCGCUGACGCUCGAUAAACACCCGCUGUGUCGAGAGAAAGUGAUCGCGCUCACGACGUGUCAUCGCGAGAAGGCGCUCACAAAGUUUAUCGGGGCGUGUAACGACGAGAAGUGGGCCCUGGACGCGUGCCUGCGGGCGCAGAAGCUACACAAGGCGAGGAAGAAUCAAGAAAAGGCGCGCGCGUCCAAGGAGCGAUUGCGAGCGCGAUUGGAGCGCGAGCGCGCGUGA